AUGGCGGCGCCGAGCAGGAACCCCAUCGUCACGGGUACAUCCGUCCUUGCCAUCAAGUUUGACGGUGGCGUGGUCAUUGCUGCUGAUACCCUCGGCUCGUACGGGUCCCUGGCUCGUUUCCGCGACAUUCGCCGCCUGGUGUCUGUCGGCAACCAGACAGUCGUGGGCGCUUCGGGCGACGUGGCCGACUUUCACUCCAUGAAGGACACCCUGGACGAACUCGAGGUUGAGAACCGCGAGUAUGACGAUGAACACACCAUCAAGCCCAAAGCCAUCUUCUCCUUCUUGACGCGCGUUUUGUACAACAGGCGGUCCCGCAUGAAUCCUCUGUGGAACUCGUUUGUCGUGGCCGGUGUUCAGGACGGCGAGCCCUUCCUGGGCACCACGGACAAGGUCGGCGUGGCCUUUACCGAGGACACGAUUGCCACUGGCUAUGGUGCCUACAUUGCCCUGCCGCUGCUGCGCAAUGCGCUUGAGAGCAACGAUGGCCCCUUGACCCGUGACCAGGCCGUGGCCGAAAUUGAAAAGUGCUGCAAGGUCCUUUUCUACCGCGACGCCCGCUCGCUCAACCGAUAUGAAGUUGCAGUCAUCACUGCGGCAGGUGUGGAAAUGUUUGAGCCCAAGGCCAUGGAAACGGACUGGUCCAUCGCUACCAUGGUUCGUGGCUACGAAUAA